AGAAAACAUAAGGAAACAUCAUACGCAAAAAUAAACAAGAAACAGUAAUGUGCUUUGUAGUCAUGGCUGCAGAGAAAAUAAUGGCGAUAAGCUUCAUGGUGUUGAUGGUUAUGGCUCUGCUAGCAACUCAAGUGCGAGCGGUUGAAGAAUCAAAUAUUGAUGGUGAUGUAAAAGGAAGGUUAUACUCAUGUAUUGUAGAGUGUGAACUUAAUUGUCGUCCUGAAACCAGUACUUCACGCUUUGCAGCUUGCAUGGCUCUUUGCAUGAUAGGAUGCGAACAUUCCCCACUUCUUGCCUUCGAUUAUACCACUGGAUGUGCAAACUCCAUAAUCAAAGCUUACAAUCCCACUGAUGCUGGAAAAGUUGGUAGCAUUAUCAGUUCUUGCUACAAGACUUGCAAUAAUAACAACUAACAGGACUGGAGCUCUUGUAACUAACAAUGUUUUUUUACUCUCUACUCCUCGUUUUAGGAUUUAAAUGUAAGAACCGUAAAAAUAAAUUUAAAAUAAAGUUUAAUAAAUCCGGAUUUAUCAUGUAAAAUUAUCAAGAAUAAAUUAAGAACAAAAUUAAAUGAGGAAGCGUAAAAACCAUUAGAAAGUA